GGAAGCAACGGCUGUGCAGAUUUUAAACCGUAAAUAAAAACAAUAACGGAUCGCGCGUUCUUUUUAAAAAAAAAUAUUUUAUUUUUUUAAUGGUAACUUUGUUGCCCUGUAAACUGUGAGUAUGAUGCGGAUUUGUUUUUGCAUUAGACAACAUCUGGACGCUUAUCUUGGCUAGCCAGCUGUUUUGGUUUUGGGGCAAAAAAUAUAUAUUAAAAAAAAAGAAAGCGGGAAAAUGCCACGGAACAGCAGUAAGCCCCCUUCACUCAUCCAGAAAAUCGCGACCCAAGCGCAGGUCACGUUUAAGAACUGCGGCGACGGUAAGGAUCUGCUGGCGAGCUUGGCGGAGUUGCGCGCGCUGCUGAGCCACAUCAGGGCCGCAGAUCUGAACGUCGCGCCGCCGAAGACGAAGAAGGGCUCCGGCUCGGGGACGCGGGCGUGCCGCACAGCUCCGGUCACCUACAUGCACAUCUGCGAGACCCGUGCCUUCAGCAUGGGCGUGUUCUCUCUCCGGAGUGGUGUGUCCAUCCCUCUCCAUGACCACCCAGGAAUGAACGGCAUGCUCAAGGUGCUCUACGGCAAGGUCCGGGUACAAUGUUUCGACAAGCUCGAAGGGACCCCUGAUCCUGAUCCGGAUCCUGAUCUUGAGCUUGAGCUUGGCUCGGUCUCCGGGGCUGGGAGUGAGACCGUGCAGAAGGACGCGGUGUGCCGGGCCGCGCUGCGCUCCAGCGGUGAGUUCACGCAGCAGAGCGCGCCGUGCGUGCUCAGCCCCCGCAGGGACAACCUGCACCAGAUCGACGCGCUCGACGGACCCGCCGCCUUCCUGGACAUCCUGGCACCGCCGUACGACCCGGAUGACGGCAGGGACUGUCACUACUACCGACUUUUACGCACCGUCAGAAAGAACGAGGACGAUAAACAGGGAGAGGAGACCGCCUGGCUUUUAGAGAUCCCCCAACCGGAGGAGUUCUGGUGCGGGGGCGAGCCUUACCCUGGCCCUAAAGUCACCGUCUAGGGAUGAGAGAUAAAGUGUCAGAUGGUUCAUUUGAACAGAAAUAGUGCAAAAGAUCAGACAACACAGUGGCACCGGGUCCUUGAUGCAUGGCAUGCACAAAAUACACUUUGAGGGGGAAAAAAGAGUACUAAACUGUGCCUUUUCUUCUAAUACACGCACUCACAAAUUAGUACCUUUGGAAUUAAACUUUUAACUAAGUCAUUUAUAAAACGUUUUACUUUUAACACAGCAUUUGGCAGACACUCUUCCAUUGUUAUUUUAUUAUUCAUCCAAAGGCUAAGGGCCUCGCUCAAGAGCCUAACUUGGUGGUUGUUGGGUUCGAACCUGCAACCUUCCGAACUGGCCUGCACUGCCAUAUUAAUCACUGAGCUUCACCUUCUCCUACCAGACAUGACAGACUUUUUAAAAGGGGUUAUACAAACGCGUCCCAUUGAGAGACACAUCAGGGACCGGUAGGCCUAAUGGUACAGCUUAGUACUACUUUUUUUCAGACAAAGUGUUUUAUUAGUACAUAAUGUUGCACGACGUGGGAAAUAUAUAGAGUAUUUGAUAUCUCUUUCAUCCUGGUGUUUAGUGUUGCUGUGAACUGCUAAAACGCUGCAAACUGACACAACAGAGUGGACAAUAUUUACAGCAUUAAAUAAUGUAAUAACUGUUGACAAAUGUGACAUAGCAUCCUAUCAAUUCAGUUAUAACUGUGACGGUGGGACAUUACCGGUUGUUGUUUACAGAUUUGAUAAUCAGUUCAAAGCUCUUUUUGCUUUUUUUGUUUGUUUGUUUGUUUGUUUGUUUUUUAAGAUGUGCACUUGGUCAGUGCUUUAAACUACAGACAAAAGCCUAUAUUUUCUUAAGAUAAAAAAAUUAAUAAAUCCCUUAUAGUAUCCUGAUAUAGUGAUAAACUGCGUCCUAAAGGGCCUUUUAUAUUAUCAUUGUAUUGCUAUAUAUUAGAAUUGUAAAGCACUUUUUAUUAUUUAUGACCUAGUUAAAGCCACAUUCAUUAGUAAUUAAUAGAAAAUUAAAAAGGGAGGUGUGGUUGGAUUUCGUUUAACUUCACAUGAUUUUUUUAAAAAGUGUAUAAACACUAAACUAAACACUACUAACUAAACCCUAUUCUUAAAUCUUACGUCUUACCGUACUACUUGAACUACUUUGAUUAACUACUAUUUGAGAUUCUAUUGAUUAAACACUUAUCAGAGAGGCAUUUUGACCAAAGGUAUUUAUGCUAGUAGAACAGAAAUACUUAAAAGUGUUUACAUGUUCAGUCAGAGCACACAUCAACACGUUUAAGCUUUUGUAACAUGAGUAGUAGAGAAAAUGGUGGUAUGCUGUCAGCCAUAGGAUGGUUCACAACCAGCUUUACUCUCAGAAAUAGAAGAACCUGUACUGUAGUUCUCAUCGUUAAUGAGAAGCUCCGUGCAAAGGAGGGAAAAACCCAUCAUCUUUCAUCAUGUAAUCUUCUUUACCUGUGGUGUACCUAAUUAGUUUUCAGAUUAAAAGUGAACAUUAAUGUUUGGAUAUGUAUCUUAAAAUAUUUUAAAGACAUAAAGAUGAAAAAUUUAUAUUAUUUCUGAGAUUGUUCCAGUUGAGAGUUGUAUUUCUAAGCCUCUGCCCAGCUUUAGGACCUGAAGACGUUUCUAGGAACGCCUGUUUUUUCCACCUUAUACACUACAUUCUCAUAAUAUUCAAAUAAUAUUAAUGCCCAUUUAUUUAUCAUGUCAUUUAGUAAAUUGGUAUUUUUUAUAUAAUACUAAUACAAUUUUAACUUAAAAAAAACAACAACUUUGUGGCCUUUCUUAUAAAAUAUUGAAUGUAGUCUUGCCUUAAAAGCUUAUGCUUAUCUAUGUGCACACUACUUAUGUAGCUUCUGUCUUGUUAUUUUCCUGUACUGUAUUUAUUUAAGUUUGUACAAUCAAUUAUGUGUAUUCUUUAUUGUUUAUAUUCUGACUUUAAACCACAAUUAAAUGUUUUUUUUUGUC